AUGGUCACACGACCGGUGGGUCGGAGUGCACUCCUGAUCUGCCCGGAGGAUGUGCAGAUGGCCUGUGAAGUGCGGGCCCAGUCCUUCAAUGCCGGGACGAACAGCUUCGAGGAUGCGAAAGAUGCGCAGCCUCACACCUCAGCUGCACGCGUGGCCGAGUAUUUGAGCCGGAACUAUGAUGCAGUGGCCCGCUUUGUACCAGAGCUUCUUCAUUGCAAGCGCAUGGCAGCCUUACUGGCGGUGGCGCACUGGCUGCUGGAGAACCACAUUGGAUGCAAAGACCUUGCGACAAAGCACUGCAUCCCGCAGUUCUCUGUGCCACAGGAUUUCCCCGACGAGAAUGUGCCUGCCCUCCGUGCGGUACAUGAGACCGGGCUUCGGGAAGAGACUGCCUUCAACAAACUGGACAAGGAGCUGGAUUCCCUUAUGGCCGAGGUACAGGCAAUCCGAAAAGAGAAGCAUUCACACUUGGAGGAGUCCCGAAUCAAAGCAGAGAGGCAGAAAGAUGCAAUAGAGGCCACUCGCAAGACCCUCAACCAGUCCAGCAGCACAUCUGUGGCAGCUUACAACUCUGAAGUAGCGAGGUACAACCAGCUACUCGAGAAGCACAAAGCCGCGGUGGAGUCUUACAACACUUACGUGACUUCUGCACAGCAGAAGCUGGACAUGGCUACAAAGAAGCGAAACGCGGCUGCCGUUGACUGCAAUGCUGUCCGCACCACUUGUAUUCUUGUUGGUGGGGUGGACCUGCAGGUGGGGGGAAGAGUUGAGGAGAAGCCGGUGGCAGAGAAGUCAGACUCCCUGGACAAGCAGGUGCGCUCUUGGGCCCAGGAGUUGAAGCAGAAUGCCCACGUGUCCUCUCUCCUUGCCGGCCAAAGACCCCGAGACCCUCCAAGAUCUUUGCCCGACGAGAUUCGAGAAGAGAGGAAAGCCGCCUUCAACGUCUUUCCCAUCGCGGCGGGUGCCGCCUGA